AUGAACGGUGGCAGAUUUGAUUUUGAUGAUGGUGGUACUUAUUGCGGAGGUUGGGAAGAAGGUAAAGCUCACGGACAUGGCGUUUGCACAGGUCCUCAAGGCAAGGGCGAAUAUGCCGGAGCUUGGCAUUAUGGUUUCGAGGUAUCUGGAAUUUAUACAUGGCCAUCUGGGAACACUUACCAAGGUCAAUGGCAAAACGGGAAACGACAUGGGCUCGGAGUCGAGCAACGUGGUCGUUGGAUAUAUAAGGGUGAGUGGACUCAAGGAUACAAAGGUAGAUAUGGACAUCGGUUAUCAAUGACUUCACAGGCUAGAUAUCAGGGUACCUGGUCCGCAGGGUUUCACGAUGGUUAUGGUACGGAAACUUACGUCGACGGAGGUGCUUAUCAAGGACAAUGGUUACGUGGUAUGCGACACGGAUACGGUAUCCGGAAAAGUGCUCAACAUAGUAUAGCUGCGAAGUUUCGAUCUCGGUCACGUACAAAUGCAUCUCUCACUUCACUGAGGUCUGAAUAUGGCGAGAGUGAAAAGAACGAGAAGAAUUACGAUGAAGCAGAUGAGAGUCGGGGUGGUUUUGUGCUGAAAGCUUGUAGUAAAGCGCCCACCAGGCGUCGGUCUCUUUCGGAGCGUUCACUAGCCGUUAAACGAACGAUUCUAAGUGGCUUACGAAUCAAAAAACAACAUUCAACCGGUGACAUACAUCAGCGUGUUACUACCGGAAGUUUAAGGUCAAGCGGUAGCACAGUCAGCUGUACAUCGGUUGAAUCAGAACACCGGCAAGGACGGGAGAAUCUGAUCGUAUCUCAAGAAGAUAAAAUUGAUCCGAAUACGACUGAAGUUUACAAGGGUGAGUGGAAAAAUGAUAAACGAUGUGGAUUUGGAAUUGGUGAACGAAGUGAUGGCCUGAAAUAUGAGGGGGAAUGGUUUAACAAUCGAAAAUGUGGUUAUGGGAUUACAACUUUUAGAGAUGGACGGAGGGAAGAAGGAAAAUACAAAAAUAAUGUAUUAGUAUGCUCAAACCGUAAGAAGGGAUUGCUAUUUGUACGCUCAUCAAGAUUGAAAGAACGUGUUGGAAAUGCUGUUGAAGCUGCCAAUCGUGCUGCCACUAUUGCUCAACAGAAAGCAGACAUAGCUGUAUCACGAACAGCAACAGCUAAGGAACGUUCGGAGCAAGCCGACUACAUAGCAUUACAAGCUCGUGAAGAUGCUGAUACAGCUAGGUUGUGUGCGAAGCAGUUCGUUCCAGAGUUCAGGCAACUCAGUACAGAGGCGAUUCGAAUGCAAAUGAACUGCUUGCAACAGCAGCAUAGUGCUGCUACUACUACUAACGCGAAUCAUGUCUCUUUCGAUUCACCGCCCACUUCUAAAAGUUCUCAUGAAUCACGCGACCUCUCCGACGAACUUGUCAUCUUGAAUUCUCCUUCUUUACCAGGUGCCACAGCGGAUGUUACUUACUCAUCGUCACAACAACCGCAAACUUUAGGUGGUACAAUAUACCAACCUCAGCAGCUAAUGGUCAAUAUGAGUUCCUAUCAGCAAGGAAUUAUGGCUAAUUCAGAUAUCGAUUACACAUCGUCAUCAUUGCAGCAGCAUCAUCAGUCAUCCAAUCCAGGUGGCUAUCAAAGUAGUUCUGGAUUUCAGGCUAGCAAUGUAUCUUCAGUCUACCAGCAACAACAGCAAAAUGUUAAUUCGGUUGGUUAUGCGGGUCCACAGCAAACUUCCGUAUUUGGUCCAACUUCUUAUCAAGUGUUGCCAAGUGUUUCUUCAUCACAUAAGAUUGUUAGCGGUUAUCAGCCCUCUACUCAACUUCCUGUUAUUUCGGGUACACCUUCACCGGUCGUUCAGAUUCCCUACAUUUCAUCCUCUUCAUCGUAUCAUCCAAAUACAGUGCCUCAUUAUAAUGUCAAAGUAUCGCAUCAAUAUCAACAGAAACAGCAACAUCAUCAUCAGAAUGUUCAUGCUUCAUAUCCAGGUACAAAAUUUGCAAUAUCAGACCAGCAGUCGUUUAUUUUUCAUUCCGAUAUCACAUCUUUAGAGCAACCGAAUAACACCACUUCUAAUAUUGCUGGUGGAUUACAACAGCGUCAGUUCAGUAAUGGCACUACAGAUCCACGUUCCAAUCAAAAUAGCAGUCCAGCUUCUUCCAGAAGUUUAUUGCAGAAUACGAAUACAACUCAAAGCAGUUCACGAAUGUCUCUCAAUGAUGAUCACUACGAUCAGUACAUGAUGUUUGCAAAUACUAGCAGAAAUGGAUUAGUGCAGAGGAAUAGGCCUUCACUCACGAGACAACCUUUCGCUGUGCAUGAUAUUUCACAGAAUUUAUAUAGGCGGUCGACGUUGGCAACAGCUAGUGAUAAACGAUUAGAAAAUGUUGUGAGACGAGGACGAGGAGGAAGUAGCAGCGGUGGUGAUGGAUUCGAAGAAUUGGAAGGACGAGGUUCGUUGCCAAAUCUGGUCGAACUUGAAAUAUCUGGGGUGCAUUUAAGGAGAGAGGAAGCAGCACGACUUGCUUCGCAACAGCGUCAAGAGUUGCAGCGCCUUCUUGAAGAAGAACAGUUAUUGCGUAGUAAUCCUCUUCGAUAUUUGUUUCAUCCCGCUUUUAGGGCAUGGAUAAUACGGUGGAAAAUGCCACUGGUGCUUUCAAUGGCGAAUAUUUUCCUGUUAAUGGUUUUCUAUAAUCUUCUCACUUACGAAAAACGGACGCGUGAACGUCGAUGA